AUGGACGAUAUUGCCGUACCGAUUGCGUCAACGUCUGGCGCCGACGAUUCACUGAUUUCGUUUCAACACUCAUGGCCGCUUAAAAUCUGCAGCAGACAAAUCGAGGACGAGUCUAUAAUUCUAAAUGUUUCGCGACCGUUCUCAACAUCCUACAAGCACGUGCAAUUCACAUGGGCGCUUCGACUCACCGAUGAGUACGUACUUUUGCACAACGACUCGACGCGUCACGCCCUUCUACACCUCUACUACAAGGAAGGACCAUGUCCGGAGGUGACCGUCGAAGAGGUGCGCGCUCAACUCAUCGACCCAUUGAGCGGCGACACCGUCUUCAACGGUCUGAGUCUCGCUCAGACCGAAUUUCAGCGCGGAAGCGGCUGGCCGAUUCACAUGUGCAAGGAUAUUCGCGGCGAGUUCACCAAAUUCAUUCACGAGCGCGUCGAGUCCAAUCUCAUUGUGGUUGUCGAGAUUAGAAUGAAGGCAUCGCUAUUCGAACCGCUCAACUAUUUGCCCGACGUCGAGUCGGCAUUCCGAAGUCAACGCAUCGAGAAGGCGUGCCACAAGUUUGUCGACGACGUCGUCGCCGGCAAAAUUCGCAUUCCGGACCUCGAGCACGUCGAUGAGCAGCACGCCGACAAAUUCACAAUUCAUCGCCUCAUUUUCAUUUACGGCGUCGAUUCGGUGCUCAACGAGAUCAUCGGCAACGACACGAGCACAGAGGUGUGCGAUCAUCUCGUCCGAAAUACGUUCGCUCACAUCUAUUUCGAGCGUGUGCUCUCACGUGAGAUGACAUUCCUCGAUGAUGUGCUCACACUUCUCGAGGGCGUCACCUAUGCGCACAUUCCCGCGCUGCGCAAAGAGUUGGAGCGAUUCAUUUGCCAAGAGGUCAUCCAAGAGUCGAUGGACACGUCGUUCGCCAAAAAAAUGCUGCUGAUCGCCGAGAAGUACAAUUUGAAUGUGCUCAAGAUGGUCGUCAACGGGCUGCUCGUCGAUCAGAUCAUCGCCAACUCGAAUCCGCCGAAAGAGCUCGUCAACAUCACGCACGAGUUGCAGCAAAUGGCGCAAGAAAUACACGAGCACGAGAACAUGGAAACACUAGUGGGCACCGUUGUCACCGAUCUUCAAGAGCUAACGCGACGCGUUCGACGCGUCUCGCUAUCGCAUUCGCCGUCGCAAUCAUCGCACAGCAGCUCGCCACUAGCGACGCCAACCAAUGGCGGCGCGUCGCCGUCGGUUCCGCCGCCGUUCGAUUCGCCGACAAGCCGCUUCAAACGCGUCUCGCUAGUCUAA